AUGCUCGACACACUUCCACAAGAGACAUUUCAGCAAGUGCUUUGUUUACUACAACGCAGGGAUUUGAAGGCGCUCAGGCUAGUCAAUGUCGCAUUCUCCCGUGAUGUGUCCAAAGUGUUAUUUCGCAGCAUUGAUAUCUCAUGCUUGACCUUGCAUCGACUUCCAACUAUCGGGAGUCAUCCAAUUCUUGCUCCUCUGGUGGAGGACAUAUACUACCAUGAGAUGGAAAUGGACAUUGUUGGCCCAAGCGCGAGCAAUCUGGACACGGAUCUGCGGUACUUAUGGCAGAAUAUCCAUCAGUUCCGCAAGGAGUGCGACAUGCUCGGCGUGAACUGGAAAGAUGAUGAGAAUGUUAUGGCCUAUCGAUUACACGGCUCAGAGAUGCUUCGUCCUUCUUCCUCUGCCUUCGAUUCUACUCCUUCAAGUUCGAUGCCCCUUCAAUUUUCGAACGAGGCCGAAUUUGAAGCCAUGAUGAUCACAGUACUGGAUGUUUAUGCUCAAUAUGCUAGACAACAGGAAUUGAAACCAUUGUCGGAGACUUUCUGUCAGUACAUGCCACUCUUACCCAGGCUCCGUCGGUUUGUUUCUAUCGAUACUAGUGCCGGUGAGAUCGCUCGCAACUAUCCCUUUACCGAAGGAUUCUCGCAGUUGGACCCUAUUCAGCAGCUUUUCCCUCUCAGCGACGCUGCCAUUCGUUACAAUAUCGCUCACUACUCAGAUGACUGGCCCGGCCAUGGUUUCAUUGCCAUGCUAGCCACCCUUGAUGCCUGCGCAGACCUGAAGAUUCAACACCUAGAGAUGUGCCGUGCAGAAAAUCUUUGGUCGAAACGCGGCAUUGCAUACUACAAGGUCGAGGAAAUGAAACUAUCGCUUGGAAUGAACCCACAGCCUCGUGCAUUUCAGACCUUGGAAACACUCAACUUAUGUCUAGAAAUGGGUCUACUCGAAUACUCCGCGUGGCAUUUUGUGCCAAGCGCACUCGCUAUGGCUAAGCGCUUGAAAGUCCUAGAGAUCUGCCUGACGGCGCGGGCGUAUUCCUCAGCACAGCUCCAAGAUAUUCUUCCCAGUACCUGCCUCCCAUCUCUCCAUACAGUGGUAUUUGAGGGAUUCUCAUUUAUAACCUUAGAAAUUACUCAUUGGCUUUUCCUGCAACCCAAGUUGAGGAACCUCAAACUGCGAAAAUGCCGCCUAGAAGGUUGCUGGAAGGACUUGCUGGACAAAUUAUCUGAGAAUCCAACUUUCAAACUGGAUUCGUUUGAGCUAAAGUCCCCUUGGGACCGCGAUAACGAGGAGUAUGAGCUAGGGCGUUUGGAGGAUACGCAAGUUCCAUCACGUGUCUCAAAUGAAGGUGCACUUUAUUUCAUCAAUGAGGGCGGGCAGAAUCCGUUUGUACAGAGGCGGUGGCGGAGGUUCGCAACAGACUCCAAUGAUGACGGAAAUUGGGGCAACAAAGACCUGGAUGGCAACUUGUCCGACUACUCGGAUUUGUCUGAGUGGCGAGCCGAGGAUCAUCCAACUCCCGUCGAGGACUUCGACGGAUUAGAGUAUGAUGAGAACUACAACUCCGACGCAGGAGAAGAAGAGAGUGACAUUGAGACGGGAGGAAAUUGGAAUGGAAUAGCAUAG